AUGAUGAUUGCGUACUCUCAUUUUGGUGAUGUAGUUAGCUUUGAUACAACUUAUAGGAAAAAUCAAAGUGGUCGACCUUUUGCUAUGUUUCUAGGGGUGAACCACCAUAAGCAAACUACUAUAUUUGGAGUUGCAUUAUUAUAUGAUGAAUGUGCUGAAACAUUUAUCUGGUUGUUUGAUACUUUUGUAAAAGCAAUGUUAGGUAAAAAACCAAAAACUAUUGUUACUGACCAAGAUCCAGCAAUGGCAAAAGCAUUAACUUCUCAAUGGCCAGAAACAUGUCAUCAGUUGUGUAUAUGGCACUUGUAUCAAAAUGCAGCAAAACGUCUUAGUGGAGUUUUUGCCAAAUUUCAAGAGUUUGCCAAAGAUUUUAGUAGCUGCCUAUAUGAUUAUGAAGAAGAACAAGAAUUUUUUCUAGCUUGGAAUGCAAUGCUUGAGAAAUAUGAUCUUAAAGAUAAUGAUUGGCUUAUACGAAUGUUUGAUUUGAGAAAGAAAUGGGCAUUGGUUUAUGGCAGAGAGACUUUUUGUGCAGAUAUGACUACUACUCAACCGAGUGAGAGUAUGAAUAAUGUGAUUAAAAAUUAUGUCAGCUAUCAACAUAAUUUAUUAAGGUUCUUUGAGCAUUUUCAGAGGUUAAUUGAAGAUCAUCAUUAUGAAGAACUAAAGGCUGAUUUCAAAGCUACUCAAAGUACUCCAUCGUUAUCAUUUCCAGUUGAAAUUCUAAAAGAUGCAGCAAGUAUUUACAUCCCAACAGUAUUCAAGGUGUUCCAAGAUGAGUUAUGUAAGGCUUAUGAUUAUGCUAUGCAAAUAUUUGAUCAUAUUGGGAUAAUGACGGAGUACAAACUUACCAAUAAUAAAAAACAAUUUCAGCAUACUAUUAGAUAUGAUUUUUCUGAUAACACAGUGAUUUGCAGUUGUAGAAAUUUUGAGUUUACAGGAAUUUUGUGCUCCCAUGCUUUUAAAGUUCUUUCUUCAAAGGAUAUAAAAAAAAUUCCUAUACAAUAUAUAUUGAAACGAUGGAAAAAAUCUGCAAAGUUAGGAAAUUCUGAAUUUGUAUUUGCAAAUACAAUAAAUGAAGACCCUAAAGUAAGUUUGGCAAGACGUUAUAAGGAUCUGUGUAGAUUGCAAACUCAAGUGGCAACGAAGGCAGCAGAAACAGAAGAAACAUAUAAAAUUGCAAGAACUGCUCUUGCUAAGAUUUUAGAAGAUGUGGAUACAUAUUUAAAAGGCAAUAAUAUUGGAAAAUCCAUCUCUAAAAUCGUAGAGACUACAACCGUACCAAGUGCUAAUGAGAAGAUUAAAGGAAUUAAAAAUAAGAAAAGAGUACGUGGAAAAUCUACAAGGCCAAGAAAUGCUCUUGAAAGGGUGCGAAAGAAGAAAAAUGUUGCACUUGGAGAACCAUCUCAACAACAGUCACAUGCUAGUGAAAUAGCACAUAAUGAUGUUUCUUCUAAUUUUAAUAGUCAAGAUCUAUUAAACUUGCCAUUCAACAUUGUGCCCGGAUACCAUGGUGAUCACGUGCAUGCAAUCCCCCAAGAACACCAAUGUUUCAGAUUCAAUGACAAUUAUAUCAUUGAUAAUAACAAGAAUAUAUAG